AAUUCAUAAUAAUUAAUUAAACUAUAGAUAAAACUAGAAACGUAGGAUCCAAAACUUCAACUGAAUCAGAAGCUUUUGGAAGACUCGGCAACAUUCAAAGCAGAACCAGAAUCACUUGAAAAGUGAAAACUAUCAUCAUACAACAAGAAUCACAUUCACUGUUACUGAUUCUUGCUUUCUAAAUUUACCUUAAUGGCCAACAACGAUAAAAAUGAGCCCUUGCUAUUGGAACCACAAAACACUGCAGCACAAAAGGCUAAAGGACGGUUAAACCAAAGAAGGUUCCUUCGUUCUCGAAGUGCUCCACAUACAGAUCAUGCUCCUCUGGUGACAAAAGACAACGAAUCAAUUCCACUCUCUGAGUCCAUACUUGGGAAUCUACAUCCGAGCUUCAAAAAUGUGUUGAUAAUCCUUACAGUCUAUUUAGGUGUAGGAACUUUAAUCUUCUACCUUGUCAGGAACCAAAUCAAGGGAAUGAAAACAGAUAGAUUCCUUGAUGCUUUAUACUUUACAAUUGUGACAAUGACAACUGUUGGAUAUGGUGACCUUGUUCCGAAUAGUGACCUUACAAAACUACUCGCGUGUGCUUUUGUUUUCUCCGGAAUGGCGUUGAUGGGAUUAAUCCUAAGCAAAGCAGCAGAUUACUUGGUUGAGAAGCAAGAAGUUUUGCUAAUUAAAGCCAUGCACAUGCACCAAAAAGCUGGUCCAAGUGAAAUUUUAAAGGAGCUUGAGAUCAAUAAAACAAGAUACAAAUUUAUUCUAGUCCUUUUUCUUCUUUUGAUUCUUGUUAUUGUCGGGACAAUCUUUUUGGUUACUGUUGAGAAAUUUGAUUUUAUUGAUGCUUUGUAUUGUGUUUGUUCAACAAUUACGACUCUCGGUUAUGGAGAUAAAAGUUUCUCUACUCAAGCUGGAAGAAUAUUCGCAGUGUUUUGGAUAUUAACCGGUACGAUUUGUUUAGCUCAGUUUUUCCUUUACAUGGCUGAACUAAACACUGAAAGCAGUCAAAAGGCACUUGUCAAGUGGGUUCUUACAAGGAAAAUGACUAAUGUUGAUUUGGAAGCUGCAGAUCUUGACGAGGACGGCACUGUUGGGGCUGCUGAAUUCGUUAUUUAUAAGCUGAAAGAGAUGGGGAAGAUUACUCAAGAAGAUAUAACACUUGUGAUGAAGGAGUUUGAAGAACUUGAUGUUGAUCAGUCUGGUACACUGUCUGUUUCUGAUAUAACACUUGCUCAAUCAUCUUAGACUAACAUUAUACACGCCAACACAAGUUAUUUUCGAGGAUUUCUCACUUUUCACUCCAACGACAAAAUGUGCACCAAAGCUUUGAUGCGGAUGGAAAGUCUGACAUUUAUAGUCUCGGAUUCUUGCAAAUUUGAUGCUCACAGUUUGAAACCUUAUACCAGUGUGAUAAAGUGAAAGUGAGGGAGUUACUCUUGAGAUUGUGACCAUACACAUAUGCAUGCAUGUGUAUAACAAACUAUGAAGUUGUUUGAGUUUCAAUGCUUGGUUUUUCAAAUCCAUAGUUUACACAACUUACUUUACAUGCCAAAUUUGUGGUUAAUUGUGUGUAAAUGAUCUGCAUUGGAUGAUACAAAAUUAUUUAAUAGAAAAAAUAUUAAAUUCUGACUGUUA